GCUGGUGUAACCAGGAGGUUCCUACCAGUUGAAUUUGAGAUUGAACGAGGCUAGAGAGACUUGUUUCAUAGCAAUAGAAACACUGUGGAGUGGGAAAAAAAGGCAGCAACAAUAUGAGUACAGAUGAAUCUCACGUGGUGUGUGGGAUUGUUCUUUAUAUAUUCUACUCAUUGUACCUGUAUAUACUGUACUAUAUCCUUAUAUCUGCUUAUCAUUUCUUUAGGAUAACAAGUAAAAGGCACAAAUGUCGGUGCAUGAAGAACUUAUGCUAUGCAAUGUAAAGACGUGUCGCAGUAAGGUUUCAGGUUAUGCAUGGGUAACAUCCUGUUCACAUAUAUUUUGUGAUGAAGAUGGAGCUAAAGAGUUUCGUAAAUCUUUAACAUGUCCAGCGUGCAAUGCUGAUGUUUCUGGAAAUGAUUAUAUUGUUUGCCAUGAAGUUGAUCCUCCUGAAGAAUACAAAUCCAUGGUUCUCUCUGGGUUAAGACCAGAUAUAAUACUUGAAAUAUGCUCACGAGCUCUGUCUUUUUGGACUUCUCAGAUCCAUCAAGAACAUUUAUUUCAGGAAUAUGUCAACAGAACAAAUACCCAGAUGUCACUUGUUGAAAAGCACUACAAACAACAGAUUCAGGAUAUUACCAUGGAGAUUUCCAAUUUAAUACAGGAGAUAUCUUUUGUGAAGAAAAAACUAAAAACAUAUAAAGCACAAUACAAUGAAGCAACUGAGAUGUUACUGAAGAAAAACAGGCAGCAUCAGCAGCUGUAUGCUAUGUGUGAACAACAGCGCCUACACAUUUCGACUCAUGUUAACAAGCAGAAGAUGGCGGAGGGCCCUGCAUGCUCCAGCAAACACCUGCAGCCCUUCAGGGGGGGGCACCCGGGCAUCAGCGGCCUCCUGCACCCCUCCAGGGGGCUGCUCAGGCCCCAGCGGAUGCCUCUGGCUAUCGGGGCGUCCGUGCAUGCCUCAGGGGCCUCCUGCUGCCCUCCGAUGGGGCCGCGCGGGACCCAACACCCUCUUGCAGCUCUCAAGAGAGCCCUAAGCAGCCUUCCAGGGAGACUGUGCGGGCCUAAUCGGGACCCCUGGGACCCUGCAGCAGCCUCUUGCAUCUUCGAGUGGGGUCGCACUGGCCAGUGGUCUCCUGUGGCCCUCUUUUGGGGCCGCGUGGGCCCCAGCGGCCUACUGCAUUCUUCCCUCUAG